GUUUUCUUCCCCCCUACGGCCAUCCCCUCCUGCAAAACCUAAAAAUCCAAAAAAAUAAAAAAAACAAAAAAAAAAAACGCAGUCUCUGCGGCGGGCAUGGCGAAUCCUUCACCCGCGGCGCAAGUUAUCCAGCAGUCCCAGCCCCAGCCUCAGCAGCUCCUAGCACAAGGAGGAGCCGGGGCUUUCAGCAAUGCAUCCCUGUACGUUGGUGAUCUGGACCCCACCGUCACAGAGGGUCAGCUCUACGAUCUCUUCAGCCAGAUGGGUCCUGUCUCCUCCAUCAGGGUCUGUAGGGAUCAGAUCAGGCGCAUCUCCCUCGGCUACGCCUAUGUCAAUUACAACACCCCGCAGGAAGCUAGUAAUGCCUUGGAGGUUUUGAAUUUUACUCCUAUCAAUGGCAAACCGAUCAGGAUAAUGUUCUCACAUCGGGACCCUAGCAUCCGGAAAAGUGGAUUUGCUAACGUGUUUAUUAAGAACUUGGACACAUCAAUAGACAACAAGGCAUUGCAUGAUACUUUUGCUGCCUUCGGUACUGUCCUUUCUUGCAAGGUGGCCACUGAUAGCAAUGGUCAGUCAAAAGGAUAUGGGUUUGUACAGUUUGAACAGGAGGAAGCUGCACAAAAUGCCAUUAAACGGCUGAAUGGGAUGUUGAUAAAUGAUAAACAGGUCUAUGUCGGCCUUUUUGUUCGUCGUCAAGAAAAAGAUCGAGCAAACGGAUCACCAAAAUUCACUAAUGUAUAUGUAAAAAAUUUGUCUGAAACAACUACUGACGAGGACCUUAAGAAUGUUUUUGGUAAAUUUGGUCCAAUUACUAGUGCAGUUAUUAUGCGGGAUGCAAAUGGAAAUUCUAGAGGAUUUGGUUUUGUCAAUUUUCAGAACCCAGAUGAUGCUGCUGCUGCAGUUGAGAAUCUGAAUGGUAGCACUUUUAAUGAUGAUAAAAUUUGGUACGUAGGGAAGGCCCAACGAAAAUCUGAAAGAGAGGCUGAGUUGAAGGCCAAAUAUGAACAGGAAAGAAUUGGUAGAUUGGAAAAACUACAGGGGGCUAAUUUAUAUCUGAAAAAUCUUGAUGAUAACAUCGAUGAUGAAAAACUAAAGGAGUUGUUUGCUGAAUUUGGCAAUAUAACAUCUUGUAAGGUCAUGCUUGAUCCUGUGGGACAGAGCAGGGGAUCUGGCUUUGUGGCAUUUUCUACCCCAGAAGAAGCUAACAGAGCUGUAAAUGAAAUGAAUGGGAAAAUGAUUGGAAGGAAGCCUCUGUAUGUCGCUGUGGCUCAACGUAAAGAAGAAAGAAAGGCAAGGCUGCAGGCACAUUUUGCUCAGCUUAGAGCUCCUGGAGCAAUGUCACCUGCAAUGCCCUCGAGUUUGCCUGGAUUCCAUCCUGGUGCACCAAGGCUUGCCCCACAACAACUCUACUUUGGCCAAGGUAACCCUGGUCUGAUUCCACCUCAGCAUGCUGGGUAUGGCUUCCAGCAGCAGAUGUUGCCUGGUAUGCGACCCGGUGUUGCCCCGAACUUUUUAAUGCCUUACCCUGUUCAGAGGCAAGGACAGCCUGGACAGCGGAUGGGUGUAAGACGAGGUGGGACCCCGCAGCAGAUACAACAACAACAGUUGAUGCAACGUAAUGCGAAUCAAGGCUUCAGAUACAUGCCAAAUGCCCGCAAUGGGGUCGAUCCAACUAUGGUACCUCAGGGCCUAAUGGGUCCAAUGAUGCCCUUACAAAUGGAUGUUCCUGGAGUGCCAGUGGCUUCAAUGGACCCAGCACGACCCCAGUUGGUGCCCAUUACAACACUUGCCUCAGCUUUAGCUUCUGCCAGUCCCGACCAACAGCGGCUGAUGCUGGGCGAGCAGCUAUUCCCGCUUGUCGACCGCCUUGAGCACGAUCAUGCAGGAAAAGUCACUGGAAUGCUGCUAGAGAUGGACCAACCGGAGGUCCUCCACCUCAUAGAGUCUCCUGAUGCUCUGAAAAAGAAAGUGGCCGAAGCCAUGGAAGUCCUUCGAUUAGCGCAAGUUGCAGGCACUGAUGCUGCAGAUCAGCUCAGUUCGUUGUCGCUGAACGACUGAGUUUGGCUUGCCCCAGUGGCAAUUUCAUUCCUUUAUAUGCUUGGUAAGGGCCCUUUUUUUUUCAUAUAUAUAAAGGGCUUAGUGAGCUGUUAUUGAUUGUGGGGUUUUCAUCUAACUGUUUUCUGAGAGAUUUGUUUUGCUUGGUUGGGUUAUUAUAUCCAGCGGCCUAGCAUUGCUGGAAGUUUUGGGAGUUGAUGUCUUUGUGGAGACUUGAAAGAUUUCUAGGUGGUCUUUGUUUUGCCUCUUGUGAUUUGCAAUCUAGACUGAACUUGAUUUUAGAUCCUUAUGGUUGGAUUUCAUUUUCUUUGUUUCUGCAGUUUAUUUCAUUUUAGUCCUAGACCUUUGAAGGUAAUGCAGAUAGGGUUUUCUUGCA